AUGCCGCCGCUACGGAAGGAGCGCGGCGUGAACCGUCCCGAGCCUGCCCGGCACCACCGAGACCGACACGCCCUCCGAUCUCCGACUCGCAUCUGCGCCGACGUACAGCAGCGUGGCCGCCGGUCGCACCGCAAGCCAGCGGCCAUGUGGCCACUCUCCACGGCCGCUGCAGCCCCGCAACAAGAGCCACAACAGCCAAUUUCCCGUCUCCAGGGACGACCAAUCCCCGCCCCGCCGAAAGAAGACCUCCGGGUUUUUGUGCGACUCCCGGCCGAAGCACCGGCGAGGGACCACAAUAGCUACGCAAUCCGGACCCACAUUGCCGCCAAAGUCGGCAUCGACCUUCACCAAGUCCCAGCCGCUUUCAAGGUGAACUCCGGAUGGGCCAUCAGAACAACAGAUGCGACCAUUCGGGAUCUUAUCGUCCAACGACAGUCAGAGUGGUCCCAAGACAUGGGCGCGACAGAUGUAGAAAUCAGCCAGAGAUGGUACACCUACGCCGUGGCAAACUGCCCCUAUAUUCUUACCGACCUACAGGGAAAGAAUUGGACUACGAGCCAGCCGCCAAAGAUGAAAUCGCCUGCCAGACCGGCCUCAAACCCAUCAGGUCGGCUCGCCCAAUACAUUGAGAGAUCUAGCCUGCCCAGCCAGUGCGACAAGUGCUGGGACUUUCACGCCCGACACACCUGCGACCGACAAGCAUCCUGCAAGCGGUGCGGACGGCGCGGCCACGACGCGGAAGCUUGCGUGGCCCUCGAGCGGUGCGCGAACUGCCUUGGGCCCCACGCCGCAGACUUUGCGAAGUGCCCUGCGCGCCCGAAGCGAUCACACGGCGUCAUUCGCCGUCUGACGAGAGAAGAGAAAUCUCGCGUCCGAGAGCUGGGCGCUCAACUGUCCGCCCGGCGAAAGGAACAAUACGAAAGAGUAGAACGAUCCGAGCAGCCCGAACGGGAUGCCACCUGCUCGCCGGGUGGUGUCACCGAAAAGACACAAGCCCAACCUCAUGACGAAGCCCCACGGCGCGGCGAUUUCAACGCCAAACACCACAGCUGGCAAGCCGGCCGCAUCGAGGGCCGCGGCGAGGCUGUAGCUGCAUGGGCGACAGCCAACGGUCUGAACCUGCUCAACCCGGCUGACGUCCCGACAAAUCCUCAUGGCAAUACGAUCGACCUUGCCUUCUCUAAUAUCGCCUUGGCCAAUGCCGUGGUGGAAGACCAUCUUGCCACCAGCUCCGACCACUUCACGCUCAGCACUACCCUGCCUGAGCUCGCUGUAGCGCCCCCACCCACUGGGAAGUUUGCCGCCAAAGCUGCAGGCCGGCCGGUCCGCAAGGGCGCACGCAGCGCGCCCUGGUGGACGGAGGAAUGCUCCUUGGCCGCGGUGGAGUAUCGCGCAUUCCAGAGAGUCGUGCGGCGAGUCAAGCGCCGUUACUGGCGCGAUCUGAUUGACAGCUUCACGGACAGUGCGUCCGUCUUCAAGGCGGUCCUGGAUGAUACCGUCUAUGAGACCCAACUAGACAAAGCCAACGCCCUGCGACGAGCAACGCUCGAACGUCGCACUUCGCAGGAUGACAUCACGGAUCCGUGGGUCCCAGUGGACACAGCGAGGACGAUUCCUUUCGCUCAGAACGUUUCCCUGGAGGAGGUCCGGGACGCGACCCUUCGCACGGGUAACACCUCUCCCGGCUCCGAUAACAUUACGGUCAAGAUGCUCCGUGCCGUCUGGCAUACCAUUGAAGCCUCGUCCACAAGCUGUAUCAGGGCUGUCUCGACAUCGGUCACCAUCCUAAGCCUUUCAGGAAGCGGAAGCCUCGAACGGCUUAUUGCGCGCCGUUUGGCGUGGGCAUCCGUCCACUAUGGUGUCUUGCACCCACAACAAGCUGGCGCAUUGCCGAAAAGGUCCGCUGUUGACCUUGUCGCCGCAUUGGUACACGACAUCGAGGAGGCUUUCUCGCGCAAGCAGGUCGCCACACUCGUGACAAUGGACGUCGAAGGCGCCUUCGACACUGUCCUUCGUAGCAGGCUCAUUCUUCGCCUUCGGCAGCAAGGAUGGCCUCGGAAUGUCGCUCGAUCGCCAGCUUCUCCCAUACUUUUCCUACUAUACACAGAGCCAAUCUACCGCCUGAGCAACCCCAAGGGGCGCUUCGGCUAUGCAGACGACACUGCCGUCCUUUGCGUCGGAGACUCCCUGGAGGAGACUGCCCACAGAGCGUCGAAACAUGUUCACGAACUCAUGACAUGGGGCACCGCGAACGCGAUAACCUUCGACCCCAAGAAGACUGAAGUCAUGCACUUCUCCCGAACUACACCGAGGAAUGCACCUCCAGUCUUCCAUGGCGAGGUAGAAAAGCGGCCAGGCUCAGCCAUGCGGUGGCUCGGCAUCUGGCUUGACAGCACCCUGACGUUCAAGACGCACGUCGAGAAGUGGACUGCCAAAGCGCAAGCAGUGGCCUACCAUCUCAAGGGUUUGACAAAUACCAACCGCGGCCCCUACCAGGUGCGGUCCGAGAGCGUCCGCGCCUGCAUCGAGCCGCAAUUGUUCUUUGGGGCAGAGGCGUGGUACCCGGGCAUGACCUGCCCGCGAUGGAAUAAGCCGGCAAAGGAAGGGCCAUCAAGAAUACGGCACCUCAUCCGGCGGAUGGACAAGUCGCUCAACACGGCCAUGCGAGCCAUCCUCCCGGUCUGGAAGACGACGCCGCUCAGCGCCAGGCACCGGGAGGCGGGCAUACCCCCGUCUCAAGUCCUCGACGAAGCGCACCCGCUUGCGGUGCGCCAGGCCAGACCUUCUCGCACAAUCGGCGGCAAACUUCGGCGAGUGGCUCCAAUCAGUUGCUCCACGGACAGCAAUCGUCUACUCGGACGGAUCCUCUCCCGGAGGGAGCCGCGGGACCAGAUUGUCGUAUGCCUCGAUAACCUCGCGGUCGCGACGUGUCUUCAAGGCAUGCCGUCAGAUUCCUCCCAGAAGGAGUUCCUGGAAUUCCAGGCCUUGGCCGCAGAACAUGGUGCCACUGAGAUCCGCUGGAUCCCCGGCCACACCAACAUCCCAGACGCUCUCCCGACGCUGGCAUAUCUGCGCAAGGUCGCCAGGCAGCGACCAAAAGACGCAUUCAAAGCCUGGUGGGAAGUUUCUGCACCCCAACAAACCCACCACGGGGACUUCGCUGAUUACCACGAAAGGUUGAACCACGACGAUGCGCGACUGACGUGCUCAUGUGGUCGACGAAAAGAACAAAGCAUCUCUUCUAUUGCCGGAAGAUCGCGCCGCGACAUCGGAUGA